GGCACCUGAACGCACCAAUAGUCUUCUGCUAGUACAGUUCGCGGUUUCAGAAACAGCCAGUCGCACAGUUCCCUUAGUUCCACAUUCCAGUCCAGCAGGUGGCGCGAGUGCACCUCUACGAUAAUAUAACAGGAGAAGAAGAAGUGGGCGGGGCUCUGUUUGAACCGGAGUCCCGCCGCACAGAUAUGUGUCAGGUUUCUUCCAGUUAGCAUGAAGCUAAGCUAGUCCUCCAUCAUUGUCAUCAGCGGAGAGUUUAGAGAAAGUUCCCCACUCCUCCCAUCACUCAUCACGGAGCUUUAUGGAGCAGCACCGCGCUGUUUUUAACACCGUUUAAUCUCCGGUGUCGCGGCUCGGUGUAGUUUUAUCUCCCUGUGUUCCGGUGACCGUGAGGCGGGGAGGAUGGCAGACACCGCGAAGAGGAGACAACCAGCGGGGAGGAAGAGCCGACAGAGCCGCCACAAGAACACCUCCAGCAGGGUGAGUCUGGAGAAAGUUCUAGGUAUCAGCACAGUCAGCAGCAGCGGUGUGACGUCUGAUCCAAACUCAGGGCUCAUCGCCUAUCCUGCAGGGUGUGUCAUCGUGCUGCUUCACCCGAAGAAGAACAAACAGAGUCACAUCAUCAACACGUCCAGGAAGCCCUUCAGUGCUCUGGCCUUCUCGCACGAUGGGAAACACCUGGUCACUGGUGAGAGCGGUCACAUGCCCUGUGUCCGGGUGUGGGAGGUGGGUGGAGGACAAGUGGCCGAGGUUCAGUCUCAUAAAUACGGAGUUUCCUGUGUGGCGGUCUCCACCAACAGCCGCUACAUCGUCUCUGUGGGAUACCAACACGACAUGACCGUCAGCGUGUGGGACUGGAGGAAAGGUUCCAUCAUCGCCUCAAACAAAGUGUCCAGCAGAGUGUUCGCCGUCUCCUUCUCUCAGGACAACAGCUACUUUGUCACCGCCGGAAACAGACACGUCAAGUUCUGGUACCUGGACGCCUCUAAAGAGAAACGGGUGAACAGCACGGUGCCUCUGAUUGGUCGGUCAGGGUUGCUAGGAGACCAUAAGAACAGUGUGUUCAGCGGGGUGGCAUGUGGGCGUGGCCUCAAGGCGACCAGCACCUACUGCAUCACCAGCUCUGGUCUGCUGUGUCUGUUCAACAGCAACCGACAGCUGGAGGCCUGGGUCAACCUGAAGACGUCGUCGGCGAGCUGUCUGGCCGUCAGCGAGGACUUUAUCUUCUGCGGCUGUGCUGACGGUGUGGUCAGAGUGUUCAGUCACUCCGGCCUGCAGUACAUCAGCACGCUGCAGCGCCCCCACAGGCUUGGAGUGGAACUCAUCCACAGCGUGGAGCAAGGCAGCCGCUCACCUGCCACUCCAGGUGCUCAGUACCCCGACACGCUGGCGCUGACCUUUGACCCCGCAGCCAAACACCUGACCUGUGUGUACAACGACCACAGCGUGUACGUGUGGGACGUGACGGACGUGAGGAGCGGGAGGAGGCUGUACUCUGCUCUGUACCACAGCAGCUGUGUGUGGAGCGUCCAGGUGUAUCCGGAGGUGUCAGAGUUGUCUCAGGCCUGUCUGCCUCCGUCCUCCUUCCUCACCUGUUCCUCUGAUAGCACAAUCAGGCUGUGGCACGCCGACCCCCCCACUGGGCACGCCGACCCCCCCACAGGACACACCAACCUGUACAGCAACGACCUGCUGAGGAUUCUGUACGUGGGCGAGAACACGCAGCGACCGCAGGCCGAGGGCGAGAAGGGCGAGGCAGCUGCAGGGGCUGAUGGGAAGGCGGGGAUCAGAGUGCUGAGUAUCAGUCCUGAUGGACAACAGCUGGCAGCUGGAGACCGCUGUGGAAACCUGCGUAUCUUUGGUCUGAAGUUUCUGGACCAGCUGGUGAAGAUCGAGGCUCAUGACUCGGAAGUGUUGUGUUUGGAGUUCUCCCCCACAUCCACAGGUGUGAAGCUGUUGGCGUCGGCCAGCAGGGAUCGACUAAUCCACGUCUUCAACCUGGAGGAGAACUACAGCCUGCAGCAGACACUGAGCGACCACUCGGCCUCCAUCACUGCUGUCAAGUUCACGGGUGAGAGUCCGGAGGUUCGAAUGGUGAGCUGUGGAGCCGACAAAAGCAUCUACUUCCAGACAGCUGAGCAGGCGGCGGACGGUCUGUCGUUCUCCAGGAGUCAUCACGUGGUGGAGAAGACAACGUUGUACGACAUGGACCUGGACUCGACGAGGACACACGUGGCCAUCGCAUGUCAGGACCGAAACAUCAGGGUGUACAACGUGGAGACGGGGAAGCUGAAGAAGUGUUUGAAGGGCUCGUCCAGUGAAGAAGGAGCUCUGCUGAAGGUUGAGAUGGAUCCGUCCGGGUCGUUCUUUGCCACCAGCUGCUCCGACAAAAACAUCUCCAUCUUUGACUACGAGUCUGGAGAGUGUGUGGCCACGCUGUUCGGACACUCAGAGAUCGUCACCUGUAUGAGGUUCAGUCAGGACUGCAGACACCUCAUCACUGUGUCAGGAGACAGUUGUGUGUUUGUGUGGAGGUUGGACUCUCAGAUGACCAGCACCAUGAGAAAGAGGCGGGGCUUCAAAGUGAGCGCUGCACCUGAAAGCUGCAGCAUCAGACAGCAGAACAUCAGGAGAGAGACCUUCACCAGCGUGCCCUCGUCUCAGCUGUCUCAGCUGGACGAAGAGGAGGAGGCUGACAGCGGUACUCCAGCUAGACCGGACUCUGCUCAGGAUCCUCAGCUGCUUCAGACCAACGGGAAGCUGCCCAUGUGGUUCAGGAAACUGCAGGGGCAGGGCGGAGCCUCCUGUGCAGUCCAAUCAGAUGCAGAGCCUCAGCAGGUACGGAGUCGUUGGGCGGAGCAGCAGGACCCUGUGGUCAUCUGCUCCACCUUCUCCCCGAGCCCCACCAAGAGUCAGGAGGGAGAGGAGGAGGAAGAGGAGGAGGAGGACUUCCACCCUCAGAGUCUGGAGAGUCUUCUGGGAGACGAGGAGGAAGAGGAGGAGGAAGAGGAGGAGGAGGAGGUCAGCAAACAAACUGGUGAGGAGGGGGGCACCUUCAUCCUCCACCCAAACACCAACAACACUGUGGACAGGGAUUUUGAUGUUGGAGGUGUAACAGACUCUCGGCGGUCUCUGACCAAGCUGGAGGUCACAGGUACGGGGGUGGAGCCUGUGUGGAGCAGCCAGCUGAGUCCGGACUCGGCCCUAUCUGAAGGUUCAGCAGGAAGUUUGGAGCAGCAGCACGACGCAGACACAGACUCUCUGAGUCAGGGCAGCUCUGUGGGCAGUCUGGUCCUGGAGGAGGACGAGGACAGGAACUGUCUGAAGAACCACUUUGAUACUCUGGCCUCCAGUCUGAACGACGAGAAGUUUGACACUGACCUGAGGACCGUGCAGCCUCCCGAGGAAAAACACUUCCUGAACCCCCGACUCAGCAUCUCCACCCGUUUCCUGUCCCGAUUCCAGGACAGGAUCAGGACGUGGCCGAGCCAGGCUCCUCCCUCGGUCUCCAUCCCAAGCAGGAUCUCAGAGGAAAGCAACAUCAGCAACACAUCGGUAAACUCUGAGUCGAGCAGCGAGGUCACUUCAACUGAUCCUAUUCAGAAAGAAAACAACGACAGUACAGCAAGAUCCAACCAGUCACUUCUCCGUCGUAGAGCCUCCUGCCGCCCAAUACGCCGACGACACACCGUUGUUGUCGUCCAAUGUGGAGAAAAGCUAGGAGAUGUCCCCUCCAGGACUCUGGUGACCCACAACAGCAGCGUGGUGUCUGCGGUCCAGCAGGGGGCGCCUCGCCUCGGGUACCUCGGAACCACAGCAAGCUCCAGAGCCAAACUGAUCCAAGACACCAUCGCCUCCUCCAACACCUCGUCUAACACCUCCUCCACCUCCUGUCAUGAGGAGGAGGAGGAGAACCUGUCCUCCUCUUCAGACCUGCUGAUUCAUCCCCACCUGAUGUCAGCUGGUGUGGACCUCCAGAGCACCAACCCUGUCCCCAACCAGGGCCAGACCUGCAGUGUUGCGUCGUCGUCCGAGGAUCACACACCUGAACAAGACCUGCAGGUGUUUAGCACGCCCACCCGUGUGAUGUCAGAGGGCGCGGUCGCCAGGUGGAGCGUUAGCAGCAUCGAAGAAACGCUGACGAAUAUAAACCAAACCCUCAUCCCAAGUCCCGCCCCCUCCAUUACCCUAACAGGCACACCCAGAGCUUGUGAUGUCAUCGCCUGCCCCGCCUCCAGACGGGAGGAGGGUCUAGGAGCGUCUGAGACUGAUCCAGGUAACACAGACAGAUCUUCAGGAGCUGACCUCCCGACCUCUUCCUCGUCUCCUCUGACUGACAGACCCCGCCUUCCCCAAACAGGUUCAGGUGAUGAAGAGUCGGUCAGUCUGCAGCAGUGUCAGCACGUCGCCAGCGAGAUGAGAGAGACGGCAAAACGAGCUGUACACCUGUACCAACAGCUCGGCGGGUCGGAGCAGCGUCUUCAGAUGUCGUGCGUCCUGCGGGAGGCGUUUGAUGUCGUUCACUCUGAGCUGCAGGCGGUGCUGCGGGGCGGAGAUGGGCGGGGCAGCGGCAGCGCCCCCUCUGGCCUCAUGGAGAGCGACGGGACGAUGUCUCUGCUGGAGAAGUACUCUGAGCUGCUGGUUCAGAUGACCCAGAACAAACUGAACAGAGUGUGAACCCCCCCACCACGCUGCGGGCUGUACGGAGGCUGAAAGAGGACAAACUUCCCUCCAGGCUCUUUCAUAAACAUCAGUAUUAAGUUUUAGCACCUUACGUUUGUUUUUAUGGAGCAGACGUUUGAGAUCACGUCUUUGUACAGAAAGUGUUUUUAAUGUUCUUUAAUAAAAGUUUCAUGUUC